GCCACGGGACAGGUCGGGAAUAGCAAACUCAUCGGUGGCCAGAACAGUGCAAAACAAACAUUGCUAUUUGUCGAGCUCUUCAGAGCGGGGAUAAAACGAUAACAAAAGAUACUGAUCUGAUAAGCCCAUCCACUCUGCGGGUUCAGUGGCAGAUUUAUUUCCCCAUCAAAGUCAUAAGCUCUGCGAAGUUUCAACCGAUCAGUUACCACAAUGCGGAUCAGACUGCUGGUUAUCUGGAUUUCCUUGACUGUCCUACUUCAGUGGAGCAGGGCCCAGGAAGAAGGUGAACUCUUGGACAAAAAUGAAGACCAGCCAACGGCAAUAAAAGAAAAUGGUUUGGAAACGCCUGGGGAAAAUCAGUCUUUUAUGAGCACAACAAAUGUGCCUGCUAUUGACAAAGAGCCUGUCGAAGCGUCUAUGGGUACAGAAGAUAUACCAUCUGAUGGCAGCCAAGUAGGAGAGAUGGAUCAUCAGUCGGGAGAAACAAAUGUGGGCGCAGAAAAUCCUCCGGAAGGGACUACAAUGGAUCACAAAUCGGAAGAAGAUAAAACAGAGCCGGAAAAAGAUACUAAUACUAAUAAUUCUCCCCCACCAGAAAAUCCUGAAACUGUUCAAGAAACAGAAACAUCCGAGCACUCAGAUCAAUUGCCUACCGUAACUGAAGAACCAUCUUCAGGUGUGCUUCCCGAUGUGCCCACAAAACCAUUAACUUUGCCAACGGAGGAGUCACAUUCCGCAAACGAAACGGGAGGAUCUCCCGAUUACCAGGGUGAUGGACCUGAAGGCCCCCAAGAUGAGACCACACCUUCAACCACAAUUGGAACCACUUUAAAACCAGCAUCGCCCCCACUUCCCGACCCAUUGAGAUGCUACUCCUGCACGUUCUGCAAUAAGAUAACAACAUCAGAACCCAAGUCAUACUGCCCUCCGAUUCCGGGAACAAGAAAUGGAUGCCGUACCAUGCUCGUUCUAGAUCCCAAUCUCAUUCCGGGUAAAAAUAGUUACAUAAACCGAGGCUGCAUAUCCGAAUUGGGAAAUUCGUUUUCUUCUUACUGCGAUAAAAAUAAGGAACUCUGUCCCACGUGCUACGAAAACGAUUGCAAUGUUCAUAAUAUGACUCAAUUCGAAAACACUUUGCCGGCUUCUGGUGCUGCCGCCCAUCAUCUGGUGGCCCCUUUUCUAAUCUUUAGCAUCUAUUUAUUCAGUUGGGCAGGUGCUUGAAUGCAAAAAUCACAAUCACAAAAGCGCAACUCUGAGUCACAACAAUUAAUAAGUUCAUAAAGCUUGGCGCACUUAAAAAUCGAUAAGUAUGACUAAUAAUUAACAUCGCAGAUUAGAUCGGCGGUCUGUCUAGAUAAUUUGGAUUUAUCUAUAAAAUACAUAAGUAUAAUAAUAUCAAAUGGUUUG